AUAAACGCUGAAUCGCCUCGGGGCGAUUUCAGUCUCCAGGGGACCUUCCUCGCGAGUUGUUUGACGGGGUUCAGCUUUGCACUUUCCCAAAGGAAGCGAUUUUCCUCCGCGCCGUUCAUCACGAACACGCAGACACCGAUAAAAGUGGAAACUACUUCACUUUAUAAAUUUGAUAUGCGUGUGGUUGCAUUUCUCUGGGCGGUGGCAGGGGCGGUGUGGGCGCUGGAGGAGGACAGCUUUUUCGAUCAGCACUUCCCUCCUCUUCACCCUAAUUGUACCCAGAGUCUUACGGACCUUCUCUUGUUGCGCCAAGAAGUCCAGCUUAAAGAAUCUGUAGGAAUACUGAAGGAGAUCCUGUCAGAAAUGAAAGGCUCCUUGACGCGAAUUGCCGCGCCGACAGAAGCACCCUGCCCAGGCAACUUCGUAAACAUCGGCGGAACUUGUCUCUACAUUGCCAAGGACGUCAGAGUAAGUUGGGAAGCUGCUCGGGCCUUCUGUCAGGACUUGGGAGGAGACUUGGCCGUGCUCCGAGACGCCAACGCACUCGCACAUGCCAUUGGAUACGCUAAGAUUUCUGGCAUCUCGAGCUCUGGAAACGUGUGGCUGGGCGGAGGAGACUACUUAGUGGAGGGAGAGUGGAAGUGGGUGUCCGGAGAAGACAUGCCGAGAGGAACGCCCUUUUGGGGAACUUAUUCCUCGAAUAGGCAGCCUAGUGGAGCUUCACGGGAGAACUGCGCCAUAUUGAACGGCAAUGAUGACUUCUUAGUCCACGACGCCCCUUGCGACUGGACGUGCUGGCCUCUCUGUCAAGUCAAGCGGACUUAUAUGAUCUGGGGUGUCGCGCGGUCGGUUGGAGGGUCGCCGGGGUCAUUCCCGGCCCAGCCCAGAGACCCAGAACCGGACCAUAGAAUGUCUAGUUUUGUGAAAGUGAAAUCAUCACAGGUUGAUCCGACGGGGGAGGCGGGAGUCCUGGCCCCAGGCCGGGGGCCCGGGGUCCCAGGCCGAUAUGUCCGAGUAAAGGAGGCUGACGAUGUUUUCCUCCCGACAGGCAUCUCGCGCACUGCAAGCAUGUGGCUGGGCGGAGGAGACCACUUAGUGGAGGGGGAGUGGAGGUGCAUGUCCGGAGAAGACAUGCCCAAAGGAACGCCCUUUUGGGGAAUUUAUGCUUCGAUGAGGCAGCCCAGUGGAGGUUCAGGAGAGAACUGCGCCAUAUUAUUCGGCCCUGAUGACUUUUUAGUCCACGAUAUCUCUUGCAGCUGGAAGUACAUGCCUCUCUGUCAAUCUACAGGGGACCUUCCUCGCGAGUUGUUUGACGGGGUUCAGCUUUGCACUUUCCCAAAGGAAGCGAUUUUCCUCACGAACACGCAGACACCGAUAAAAGUGGAAAAUACUUCACUUUAUAAAUUUGAUAUGCGUGUGGUUGCAUUCCUCUGGGCGGUGGCAGGGGCGGUGUGGGCGCUGGAGGAGGGCAGUGUGGGCAGCCUAUACGAUCAGCACUUUCCUCCUCUUCACCCUAAUUGUACCCAGAGUCUUACGGACCUUCUCUUGUUGCGCCAAGAAGUCCAGCUUAAAGAAUCUGUAGGAAUACUGAAGGAGAUCCUGUCAGAAAUGAAAGGCUCCUUGACGCGAAUUGCGGCGCCGACAGAAGCACCCUGCCCAGGCAACUUCGUAAACCAUGGCGGAACUUGUCUCUACAUUGCCAAGGACGUCAGCGUAAAUUGGGAAGCUGCUCGGGCCUUCUGUCAGGACUUGGGAGGAGACUUGGCCGUGCUCCGAGACGCCAACGCACUCGCACAGGCCAUUGGAUACGCUAAGACUUCUGGCAUCUCGAGCACUGAAAGUGUGUGGCUGGGCGGAAGAGACAACUUAGUGGAGGGAGAGUGGAAGUGGGUGUCCGGGGAAGACAUGCCGAAAGGAACGCCCUUUUGGGGAAUUUAUUCCUCGAAGAGGCAGCCCAGUGGAGGUUCAGGAGAGAACUGCGCCAUAUUGUUCGGCCCUGAUGACUUCUUAGUCCACGACGCCCCUUGCAGCUGGACGUGCUGGCCUCUCUGUCAAGUCAAGCGGACUUAAACAAGGGCAUGU